AUGUCUGAGGCGAACGGUCACAGUUCUCUGUUUGAUCUGGGCGAUAAUAAACAUUUUAUACAAGAUAAACGAUUAUACAUUUCACUUAAAUUUCACUGUAGUGCACUCAAGUAGUUGCCAGGGGUGUGAGCGAUGGGGUAGUGGAGAGAAAGAGCAGAUUUCUUCUUUGUUUUCAAAAGAAGAUGAGACCCCUCUUUUCUUUUUCUCCUCAGGAAUUUAACCCCCGUUACCUCCAGGUUUACAUUUGACUUCUGUUUCAGCUGAACAAGGCCAUUAAUUCAAAGACACAGAUCACCGUGAAUUAUCUUGGCUGAUGUCACUUUUGGUGGUCAGAUGAUCCGGUGAGGCCAGCAGGAGUUUUGGGGACCACCUCACAUUGCAUUCCUGGGAGGCCUGCAGACAGGUGAUCUCUCUACAGGGCUCUGUGCUCCAUAACCCCAGUAUUUGUGUCAUAACCGCAAGCCUGUGUGUGUGUCACAGUCAUAGAUUUAGAUUUAGAAAGCUCUGUCCACUGAGGAGGAGGAGGAGGUGGAGGAGGAGGACUGUGGCGACCAGUGUUGCUGUGUCCACCAGCACCUGUCUCUGCUGUCCCGGGUCCUGUAGCCAUGGAUUCAAGCCCCCUCCCACAAUAAACACAAGUGACAUUUUCAUUUAGAGGAAAGACAAAGGAAACUUUUACUUAGGACUAUGUUUUGUUUUUCCUCAGUAACUCAGAGAAGUUGGUGCGCUUUGACACUACAAGAUAACUUGAAGAUAACAAUGAUACAGCACUUAGGUUCUUAUGCAUAGGCAGCAGUUCUUAUCAAAGUUAUCAGCUCUACAAUGGACCUGUCAUUCUCCUGGGAAAGCUUCAUUUAAGAAAAAGAAAGAAGAAGAAUCACUGUCCGGUCUGCAUCUCCUCGUCACUACGUGCAUCCCAUGCUCACACUCAUCUCGACUCCUCGCCCAGCGCUCCUGCUCCUGCACGCAGUCACCUCACAGGAGAGAGAGAGGGGGGGGAGGAGGAGGUGGUUUUCAUCUUCGUAAGCGUUUACAAACCAGAUGCAGACGUCGGCGGGCGCUUAUCAGGCCUUUUCUACAGACUUUUGGAGUUGGUCGCCUUCGAUUCUCUUGACAUCACACUGAUGGUCUUCACUUCUGCGCGCUGCACCCCGCCUGCCUGCCUGCCUGCCUGUCAGGGAGCGGAGGAGCGCUGGACCAGAGAGACGCACACGAGGAGGGGGGAGAGCAGGCUGAUGUUAGCGGCUGUGGACAGGCUCAGUCUGCCAGUUAAAACCACAGGAACAGCUUAGACGAACUUAAUGAAAUAACUGCGGCUGAUGAAGUUAGUUUAGAUCCACUGCAUGACCACUGCGCGUGCCUGCUUUGUGAUCUCUAUCUGCAUGUUUAAUGUGUAUUUACUCGAUCGUGGACAGUUUGUGCUGUCACUUCUGCCAAGUGAUGGCAGGUCCUUAGCAGCUCACUUUCAUAUUUUUCUUGGAGUUAGCGCACGUGUAAUUAGUUAUCUGAUUACUUCUCUCAUCUGACUCUCAACAAUGAUCGCUGAAGGUCACGAUUCAGCGCGACUCACUUAUCCUAAGUAUUGUGCAUCUUUCCUUUCGCGAUCGUGACUUGAUUUACAGAUAAUUUUCAGAUCCUAACAAACCACACAGAGACUGUCAGGCAGCAGGGAUGAUAUUUACUCGUGUGUUUUGAUCGGUAGACUACUUUUAGUCCACUUUAAAAGCCAAGACAAAGCGGACUAUGACUCGGUCUAAACUUUGCUCCGCGCUCCUGCGGAUGAUCCAGUGAAACGAGUCAGAUCAUAUAUGUAGUUUAAAAGCGCGUCGGCCUGAAGAUGUUAGGAAGUCCGUCCAACAACGGCGGCAUCAGAAUGCUGGCGCCCCCAGCUCCGAACGACGACAGGCGGGUAGAGUUCGUCGCUCUCACCGCUGUCCACACGGAGAGAAGCGAGCCGUCCACCCCGGAGCGAGGACACCCGUCACACCGCACGGGUCUGCUGGGCACCCCGCUGCCCGGCCCGCCCGGUCCCCGGGCCAACUCGUCCGCCUCAAGCAAGCGCUACAGAAAGUUGCAAAACUGCCUGUACAACGUGCUGGAAAGACCACGAGGAUGGGCAUUCAUCUACCAUGCAUUCAUUUUUCUGCUGGUGUUCAGCUGCUUGGUGUUGUCUGUGUUCUCCACCAUCCCCGAACACCAGAAGAUGGCCAACCAAGGCCUCUUCAUCCUGGAGUUUGUGAUGAUUGUGGUGUUUGGGUUGGAGUACUUCAUCAGGAUCUGGGCGGCCGGCUGUUGCUGCCGAUACCGGGGAUGGCAGGGACGACUGAGAUUUGCCAGAAAGCCUUUCUGUGUCAUAGACUUCAUAGUGUUUGUGGCGUCACUGGCAGUGAUCGCUGCAGGCACGCAGGGUAACAUCUUUGCCACCUCAGCCUUGCGAAGCAUGCGUUUCCUGCAGAUUUUGCGUAUGGUUCGUAUGGACCGACGAGGAGGCACCUGGAAACUACUGGGCUCAGUGGUUUACGCUCACAGCAAGGAGUUGAUUACAGCCUGGUACAUAGGCUUCCUGGUCCUCAUCUUUGCCUCCUUCCUUGUGUACCUGGCAGAGAAAGACGUCAAUACAGAUUUCAACACCUAUGCAGACUCCCUCUGGUGGGGGACUAUUACUCUGACUACUAUUGGCUAUGGUGAUAAGACUCCUCAUACCUGGCAAGGACGGCUCCUAGCUGCAGGUUUUGCUCUUCUGGGAGUCUCCUUCUUUGCCUUGCCUGCUGGAAUUCUGGGGUCAGGCUUUGCCUUGAAGGUUCAAGAGCAGCACCGGCAGAAGCACUUUGAGAAGAGAAGGAUGCCUGCUGCCAACCUGAUACAGGCUGCAUGGCGUCUCUACUCUACAGAUGCCAAACACUCCUAUCUAACAGCUACAUGGUACUUCUAUGACAGCAUGCUGCCUUCAUUCAGAGAACUGACGCUACUGUUCAGUCACCUCCAGCGACAGCGUAACAACAAGAAGGUUCUCCACAACUCCUACCACACGCUGCUGUCUGGGCUGCGGCCCUACAGCUCCCCCUACCUGUCGGGGGACAGCAGUAAAAUGGGCUUCCGGGAUCGGAUCAGGAUGAACAAUUCCCGAUCAUCCCAAACCAUUCGGAACAAGGCGUCACCGCUGCCCCCGGGCUCCGGUGUCCGACGCUCUCCCAGCCAGGAGAACGUCCCUGAGGCCACCAGCCCUGGGAAGGUCCAGAAGAGCUGGAGCUUUAAUGACCGCACACGCUUCCGCACCUCGCUUCGCCUCAAACCACGAUCCCCUGCUGAUGUGGAAGGGGUUGGGGAGGACAGCGUGGAAGACAAACCAUAUUGUGAUGUGGCCAUGGAGGAGGUAAUCCCAGCAGUGAAGACACUUAUACGAGCUGUCAGAAUCUUAAAGUUCCUUGUGGCCAAGAGGAAAUUUAAGGAGACGUUGCGUCCAUAUGAUGUGAAGGACGUCAUAGAGCAGUACUCCGCUGGACACCUGGACAUGCUGGGCCGCAUCAAGAGCCUGCAGAUGCGAGUGGACCAGAUAAUUGGACGAGGAGCUGUUCAGCCUGAUAAAAAGGCACGCCCUGAAAAAGGAGAGAAGACGCCGCCAGAACUGGACCCACUGGAUGAGCUAAGCAUGAUGGGACGUGUAGUCAAGGUGGAGAAACAGGUACAGUCCAUAGAGAAUAAACUGGACCUCUUGCUCAAUUUCUACUCCCAGUGCCUAAAGAAAGGCUCAUCCCACUUAACCCUGUCCUCCCUCUUGGAGCCCGACCUGACAUCUGACUACCACAGCCCCACGGACCAAAGAGACCUCUUCCCCUCCGCUAACACGCUCAACAUCUCCCAGUCUGAAAGCGGCAACUUGGAAUGACAGCAAGCCAAGCGAUCUGGGGGCUGUUUGAGCACAGACACAAAACCCUUUACAUUUCCACAGCUGAUACAAGCAAAGGCCACCAGAUGGCUCCACCUGACAGGGAGCCUCGGCCAAAGCUGCUCGCUGGAUGGCAGUCUCCACCCACUAGAUGAAGAUGGAGAUACAGAGAGGACACGUGAACAACUGUUACUUGACUACUGAACCACUGUCACCCACUCACCUCAUGCUAUAUAUCUAUGCCUACUUUGAAGUUUCAACUGUAGAUAAUCAGACUCAGAAGUUUUGAAGUUUCGUAAAUCUUUGGAGAAAUCUUUUUUCCCCUUCAUCAUUUUGUUUUUUCUUGGCUGCUUGAAUCAACUGACUGAGAGUUUUCUGACUCUGUUGACAAUGCUGCAAGUUAUUUGUUCAGUACCUUAGGAUUGGCAUCACAAGUCUUCGAUACUGUGAUGAAUGUAAUAGGUACCACCUGCAAAUUUUCCACUCACACCACCAGAAAAACAAAUAAACAACUAGAGGAGCUGUCGACAGGGAAAUAAUCUGCUCCCCUGGACUCAGACGGGCCGACUGGGCAGAGAGCCACCUCGCCAAAGCACCAAACCUCCACGGUACAACUUCCCACCCAAAACAAGGGAGUUAUAAAUGUGUAAAACCUGCUUUAAUCGGCCCAAACCUGUCACAUGAAAACAGAGCUGGAAGAAUGUGACCGAUGUGUACUGUACAUUGUUGUUUUGAUCUCCUUUUGUUUUCUCUGAAGUUACGUCUCCAACAAGCCCACUUGCAAAAAAAAGAAGAAAAAAAGAAGAAAAAAAAAACAUUAUUCCCUGUUUGGCUGGCACCCAAGUGAGGAAUGUUCCCUCUUAUUUAGGAUUAUAUAGAGCCAAAAUGUCCUUUCACUGGUCUAAAAUCCCUGCUUUGCAAUGUAUGCAAGGCUGUUGUACCUCUUUGAGCGUUCCAGUAACCUGAAUCUACGUUUUUAACGUGACCUUUAAAACUCUCUGUCUUGCAGCCCACCCUCCAAACAUGCAUGUUCCUCAGAUGAGACUUGUAGAUAAAACUUGACUGAUCCUCAGUCAGAAUUAAGGCAUUUACAUUUACAUUUACAUUUCCUCCUCGCAACUUGCAUCGAACCUCAGGUCAGGUUUUACCACGUCAGCUGGUUCAGGCAGUCAGUAUUCACAGCCUUUCUUAACAGGGAGGAUAGUUCUCACAGUCAUCGGAUGCUACAUGCACUUGCAGAAACUUUUUUCAGCCAGCUUGGUUCGGUUUUAGAUGACAAACAGCCUGUAAGGUGUCCCAGGUCUAACGCAUGAAAUUCCAGGCCAUUAUCCUCAUUAAUGCACGUGUCUUAGGAAAUGGUUCCAGCCUAACAGCUUCACUACAAACAGACAGUGUUCAGGGUCGGGCUCCAGUCAUCGCCUGUAGGUGUCACUGACUGUCAAUGCCAGUCCACUUUUACUCUCUUCUGUCUUUUCUUCUUUCUUGGAGACGCACAGUAAAUGCUCUGUGCUUGUGGACAAAACUGGAGAGUGCACAAAGGCACACACACACAGACACACAGACAGACACACAGCACACACACACACACAAUGAAUGAAAGCAAUUUCUUUACUUAAAUACUUUGGCACUUGAUAAAUAUGACACGUUUUUGUCAUGUAUAACUUUUUUGUUUUGAUUUGUAAUUAUGUUCAUGCACUUGAUUUUGUGUAACCUAUAACAGCAAAUUUCUAUGUUUUUUUAAUUAUUUUUUUGUUUUGUUUUGUUUUUAAAGUGAAUGUAGGAUUUAAGUUAAUAUAUUUCAUUCAGUUAGAUAUGAUCUUAAAAUAAAUGUGGCAUUUUUGUCAAGUUCAAUCAUGGAUGACACAACUGUAACUACACACACAGCCGAUCAGGUUCACACACGCACACGACUCACAGAGCUCAUACGUAUAUUUUUUUAGUGUCAUCAGAUAAUUGUUGCCAGCUUCAACUAAGAAAACAUCCACCAUAUUGUAUUUGGCCAGUGAAAACAGUUCUUCUGUCCCUCUGAGUGAUUUCAUUUAUUUGGUUCAGUCACGCCAGUUGACUCAGGUGCUCCACUCCCCCAUUCAAGCCAAACCUAGACUUCAAACAGUGAAUGUACUUCAGUGCUGCCAUGAGGAAUAAGAUGGCACUGCGGAACUUGCUCUUGGUAUUGUAAAACGUUUGCAUUCAUUUAAUAGAGAAAUGCUUGGUAGCUUUAUUCUUUGGCCUAAAUUACAACAAGAGAUGCCUCGCUGUUAGAGGCAUUAUUACACUUAUCAACAUUGUCACUUCACUGUCACCUGGAAUGUUGAGCUUCAUGAAAAUUUAUGUAAGACCACUGUAUUGCAUGUUGUUGUUAGUGGUGGCCCCAGGAUUAGAAAAAAAACCCAUUAGGGAUGUCUUCUGUAGAGUCUUGAGUCAAGACAUGAGAGGAAAUGACCUGUGCCUUCUAUGUCCUCGUUCUGUAACUGAUAUGGUGCGGCUUUCUAUCUCAAACUUACAUAUAAAAGCUGCUUUGACGACAACAGUGUUUCAUAAAAAUAUCACACGAGGAUAGCCAUGCUCUCUUUUUUCAAAAUGUUGAUCUAACUAAAGAAACACUAUCAAAAUUGUUAUGAACACUUAGUUUUUAGGGGUGUUAGUCUUUUAUGACUAUUGCAACCUUUGAUAUUUUCUGAGAAUAUUACUGUAUAUGUAGCAUAUCAUGGUAACUCUACCAGGACCUCCUCGCGUCGGCGCCCUUACUGUAUUUUAACACCUGUCAGAUCUGGAGGCAUGGACGCUUGUAUCAGCACAGGAAACUCUGCAGGCAUGUCUCCUUUCAUAAGCAUGUCACAAUAGAUCAGAAUGGCUUCCACACAACUACCUCUGAGGCCACUAGGGGGCGCUAGUCUAGGAAACCAAGUAUGAGAAACAGUAACUGAUUGUCUAACUGACUGAAUGCUAUGCAUGACUCAAUCUGCACGUUCUCUUUUCUCUUGUCACUCUGUUCUUUCUCAUGACGUCCUUACCAUCCAUCGUUCACUGACUUGCUGCCAUUUGACAUUCCAGCUCGUUUCCCUUUAACUGCUCUCUUAGGUAUUGGAACUGUUGUUAAAAUGAAACACAGAUUAUCAAAGCAAUAAGCAAAAUGCUAACCUAACAAAGUCUUCCAAUUCCAAUUGAUGUAGCUACUGGUUGAUGACAUAUGAUGCUUAUCUUAUUUUCUAAUCUAAUGCACACCUCUAUUUGAUCUUUUAAAUAGAUACAAAAUGUUUAUCUGCUGAAGAUAAAAUUAGCUCACUUGACUAACUUAUUAAUUUAUUUGUUUCAAUAAAGCUCUUUGGACUGUA